AUUUUAUCCUUCAAAAAUCCCUACCAUCUAUCUAAUAAAUAUGCUGGGUUAUUUUGAUUUUAAUCGCAACAUUACUAUUCUUUAAUACAGGCCUAAUAUUUUUCAACCUACAUGAUGAUUUAGAUAAUAAUUGUUUAUGGUUAAUAAACUGAAUUCCACGUGUGGAUAGUAUUCUAGGGCGGUCUGAUAUUUUUCGGUUGCGAUUAUGUAUUGUGUAAAUUUGAGCUCCAGACUAACUGAAUGUGGUCUUAGUCUCACAGAAAGUUCAGUGCGCCUCGACAUGGCUCGAUGGGCUUCUACCCCAAAAAGAGGUCGCAGAGACAUCGUGGAAAGGUAAAGGCUUUCCCUAAGGAUGACGCUUCCAAACCGGUCCAUAUGACUGCAUUCGUCGGCUACAAAGCUGGUAUGACCCACGUGGUGAGAGAGGCUGAUCGACCCGGCUCAAAGAUCAACAAAAAGGAGAUCGUGGAAGCUGUAACUAUCUUGGAAACGCCCCCGAUGGUUAUUGUUGGAGUUGUAGGCUACAUUGAAACACCACAUGGUCUCCGAGCUUUAGCUACCAUCUGGGCUGAGCAUCUUUCUGAAGAUUGUCGUAGAAGGUUCUACAAGAAUUGCUCUCCUCUGACCUUAAGAGGGCUAUUGAGAACUGUCCACUGAGCUUACCUGUAGAACAAUUCAGGCUUUAGUGAAGUGUGACUGAGAGGUGAUGUCUCCUCUAAGCUAUGAGACAUCUCUCUAGUUCUUGCAGAAUCCAGAAGAGAUUUGAACAUGUGAAUUGUAGCUAAAAGGUUGUCCAUGCAGGUAUAAGAGCAAGAAGAAGGCAUUCACCAAGGCAUCUAAGAAAUGGUCUGAUGAUUUGGGCAAGAAGUCAAUUGAACGUGACUUCAAGAAGAUUAUCAAGUACUGCAAGGUUGUUCGGGUGAUUGCUCAUACUCAGAUGAAAUUGCUGAAGCAACGCCAGAAGAAGGCUCAUAUUAUGGAGAUUCAGUUGAAUGGUGGUACUGUUGCUGAUAAGGUAGCAUGGGCCAGAGAACGUUUGGAGAAACCCAUCCCUGUUGCUGAGGUGUUUGCCCAAGAUGAGAUGAUUGAUUGUAUUGGUGUGACCAAGGGUCAUGGAUAUAAAGGUGUAACAUCAAGAUGGCACACUAAGAAGCUGCCUCGUAAAACACACAAGGGUCUGCGUAAGGUUGCCUGUAUUGGUGCAUGGCAUCCUUCAAGGGUAUCUUUUACUGUUGCUAGGGCUGGUCAAAAAGGUUACCACCACAGAACAGAGAUGAACAAGAAGAUUUACAGGAUUGGUGCAGGAAUACACACUAAGGAUGGAAAGGUCAUCAAAAAUAAUGCUUCUACAGAAUAUGAUCUUAGUGAGAAGACCAUCACCCCUAUGGGUGGUUUCCCUCACUAUGGUGAAGUUAAUAAUGACUUCAUCAUGAUUAAGGGCUGCUGCAUGGGGCCCAAAAAACGUGUUAUCACACUGAGAAAGUCUCUGUUAGUGCACACAAAGCGUAUUGCAUUGGAGAAGAUCAACCUGAAGUUCAUUGAUACUUCAUCCAAAUUUGGUCAUGGUAGAUUCCAGACUGCAGCAGAUAAGGCUGCCUUCAUGGGUCCUCUUAAGAAGGACAGGGUGAAGGAGGAAGAGAAGGCGACGGCGCCGGCGACCGCAGCCGCAUCUAGUUCUUAAGAUUAAGAUUUUUUAUUGUUUUGACUAUCUAAUAGUUGUGACAAUAAAGUUAUUGAAAAGA